AUGGCUUUCGUCACCACCGACGGCCUUUAUGGAGUAAAUGUAUUGCCAUUUGGACUAUCAAACGCACCGUUAACAUUCCAACGGGUAACCAAUUCAGUAUUAGGUACAUUACGCAGGGACAUCGCAUUGGUGUUUAUAGAUGACAUUAUUGUAUAUUCACCAACGUUUGAGAAACAUGAAAAGCAUAUGGAUAUAGUAUUGAUAUCAUGGAAAAAAGCCAAUGUCAAACUAAAUAGUGUUAAAUGUACAUUAGCAAGAAAAGAAUUAGAUUAUCUUGGUUAUAGAAUCACACGAACUGGUAUUAAACCAACAUCAUGA